AUGUCGACGCCCGAAGAAACGCAACACCCCGAAGACCAACAGCCCGAACCCGACACCAUCACCAAACCCAAGCCAAAGCGAGCGCGGACGCCUGCACAGCAAGAGGCAUUCAAGAAGGCACAGGCAAAACGGGUUGAGCGUAUGCGACAGAAGAAGAAGGAGAAGGAAGACGCGGAGGCACUGGCCAUUGCGGAGGCUGAGGCCUUGGCCGAAGUGGAGCAAGAAGCCAUCGCCGAACCAGAGCCAGCACCAGAGCCAGCCAAGCCAGCCAAGAAGCCACGCAAGCCGAGGGCACCACGCAAGAAGAAGGCCGAGCCAGUGCCACCGAUUCCAGAGCCUGAACCAGUCAAGGAAGCACAAGACAUUGAGACGCCCGCCAGCGACGAACCGUUGCCAAUCCCUACGCCUCCACCCGCUAAGAAGAAGCGCGCACCGAAGGUUCCAAAGCAAACCAAGUUGAUAACCGUGAAGAAGAAGCCGAAGGCACCACCCAAGCCACAAAAAGAAAUCGUGUAUGAAAACAGCGACAGCGACACAGACGACGACGAGUUGUUGGAACAAGUUUACAUCAGUUACAAACAGCAGUUGAAACAGAAGCGAGCGAAGGCAAAGGCGAGACAGGCGGGACAGCCUCACGCGACCGUCCAUCCACCCGAUGUUCCAAAGAAACCCACGUUGAAGUUCGUAUGA